CUAGCGAUGUGUGCAUACUAUACUAGCGAUGUGUGUCGUUCAAGCACGUAGCGGAGGAACAAAACGAAAGACCUGUCCUGUACCGUCCUGUGCAACGCUUCCGCAUUGAUCUUGUAGUUGUACAAAAUAGUUCACUGUUGAUAACAUUUGCUUCGUAACCAAGAAGAACGGCAUCAUCGGACUAGAUUCAUCGUUGGCUUUCUGCAAAUUCUGGUUUGAUCUAGAGUAGAAAACAAUUGCAUCUCAUCCCAGUCAAUUAUCUAGCCUUCAAUUUAGCCCCUGUGAAAGGAAAGGACCAACAAUAUGAGCGACAAACCACCUCCAUAUAACCCGAGUGCAGCCCCUUCACCCGGCUACCCACCACAGCAAGGCUACCCACCACAGCAAGGCUACCCACCACAGCAAGGCUACCCACCACAGCAAGGCUACCCACCUCAGCCUGGCUACGCCCCUCAACCCGGCUACGCCCCUCAGCCCGGCUACCCUGCUGCCCAACCCGGAUACGCACCCCAACCCGGAUACGCACCCCAGCCUGGCUAUGCACCCCAAGCUCAGAACCAGAUGAUGUCCAACACUGUUGUUGUGACGGCCCCACCAGCUGUCCAGCAGAGUACUGUAGUAGUCCACAACCAACAACGUCGCGGUGUGAACCAUUUGUUGCAUUGCAUCAUUACAUUCUUCUUUUGGCCAUGGGUAUUCGUCUGGAUCAUCCUGUGCAUCACAGAGGGGGCUUAAAAACCCUGACUGGACAUCUGAGAAACUCUGCUAAGACAAAGAGAGGAGACACCACCUGAUCAUCUUUCACCUUUCACCUUUGAACUUUGACCUCUUUUGCCUGCAUGCAUCCAGCACUCUCUAUUCUUCCAAGUUUGGUA